UGAUUUGCAUUGCUGCUUUUUGAUAGUGAGGUGACAAUAAAAUUACCUUUUCCAUAUUCACCUACAAUAUCUUCGACGUUGUAAUCUUUCAUCCGAGCUUUCCCACCUAUACCUUUGACCCGAGCAGGAACAGUAAGUUCACGAGACGCAGCGUUUCUUUGAAAUUGAUUCUGUAAAAACGGGUGGUAAAGCCGUUGACAACUUCUAACUACAAAUUGAGUCCCCUGAAGAAAUUCCCCCCUUUAUAGUUUAGUAGUUCGUCAUUUGUUUCAAAAUGUCCGGGUAUUUGCCUCCCCGACAGGUCACCACUGCAGGUGCGCUUCUGUCAUCUUUGUCCAUGACUAGUGUGGUCAUCAGAGUUUUCGUUCUCACGGACAGCCAAGGGUUGUUUCUACCCGUCUCAGCCUACGAAGCCUGGAAAGUGCCGGAAGAAUCUGAGCCCGUCAUUCGCAACGCGGACCUGCACUUGGCGGAGUGCAUUAGUGGCAGUGACGGGGUAGAGAAGCUGAUCGCGUGUGAUGUGACGGGGAUGACGUGCGAAUGCCAGGAAAAUCGGUUUGCUGACCUCGUCCAGCAGGUUCAUGCUGGAACAUCGACCGUGGGGUCGUCCACGACUAAAAAAACGCGAACUUCUGGUUCUUCGAAAAUAUCAAGCCAAAAUCGGCGAGGAAAAAUUGGGUCGAAUCAAAAAGACACGAUGCAAGUGAUGGAUGAACACGGGAACAUGUUUUCGGCCUGGCUGCCCCCGAGCUUCGCGCUGCACACGGUUAUCAAAUGCAAAAAUGUCUGGGUCUGGAAGGUUGGAGCUUGUGAUGCUACCUCCGGACUCCAAAAAAAUCUGUAUUGCAUGAUCAGUAAGAGGAGUCUAGUUUGUGCUAGGCGGGGAGGGCAUUUGUCAUGCGGAUUAGGCAUCCGGAAGCCUUCUAAAAAUCUGUGAUGCUAGGUCAUGCAUUACAGACAUUCUGGGUCAUGCAAAAUCUGCAUGACAAACCCGGCAACAUUCCAGCCCCAGACAUUUUUAGAGUUGAUAACGGUGUUGAAAAAGCGAAACUUUAUCGACAGUCCGGACACGUGUUCCUGUGACGAGGAGAUUCUGUGUACUAGCGGGGACAAAGUUUCUGUUUCGGAGGAGGAGGAUGGCGGAGGUUCUUCUUCUACCUCGUCGUGCCACGUCUGCCUGUCGAAGGAAGAAACCCCGGGGGAGCUCUACCCGCUGUUUGGCCCGAUGAUUCCGCACGACAUCGUUUCGAAGGGGUUUUACGAGCGGGCCGUGGUGCCCGCGAGCUCGUAUCCUGAGUAAAAACGUACCCACACCAGAGUCAGGAUGAGGAUUUUGCAACACAAACCUAGGAGUUUUGUGAGUCACGCAUGACAAGUUGCACUAUGCAGUGUAGUGCAGGUUAGCAAGUGCAGCCGCAUCACAGAUUCAUCUGCUCAUCCUGUUCACAGCAGCACAAAUUCCAAAACACGAUUGGAAAUGGCUCUCAUGGGGAUGCGCAUUACAAGUCUUCCUGUCUUUGCAAAUCUGCAUUACAACUCUGGCGUGGGUACGUUUUUGCUCAGGAUAGCUCCAAGGCGUUGAUCACGAGCAGUGAUUAUGCAUUGCCAAUACGUCUGGGUCUGAGAGGAUGCAACUUGUGAUGCUACCUUUGGACUCGAAAAAAAUCUGUAUUGCAUGACAGGCAAUAGGAGUCCAGAUUGUGCUAGGCGGAGCCGGUGUUCUCAUGCGGAAAAGGCAUCAGAAAGUCCUCUAAAAAUCUGUGAUGCUAGGUCACGCAUUACAGGCGUCAUGCGUCGUGCCAAAUAUGCAUGACAAGCCUGGAAAUCUGCCAGACCCAGACAUAUUUGCGUUUGAUAGUGAUUUCGACCAGGGCGAGUUUGACCACGAAGCCGGGCACGUGGAAUACGUCCACGGACUUGCGUCGUCUUCGUUCGACGCCGUUUCCGCGGCGGCGGAGCACUAUGAUCUGGUAAAGAAGCAACGGAAGUACCGAAAGCAGUUCGUGCGCGAGCAUUUGAUCCCCGCACACGAGAAGAUUGUGCGUAUGCGGGACCCGAGAAGCGAGGCGUUCACCAGUCGUGCGGCGAUGUUCACGACGAGGACUGGUUUCUCAGGGAAAGCCGAUUCUCACUUUCAUCAGGGAAAGCCGAUUCUCACGACAAGUACUGGUUUAUCAGGGAAGAAGAACAGGAAUAGAGGAGCAGGAAACCGAUUCUCACUUUCAUCAUCCUGCACCGACCUGUACUGCGAGUCUCGGUUUUUCCGGAAUUUCCUGCGAUCCGGGAAAAACAAAAAGACCAAGGCAGUUGUCCACCGCACGAAGGGUUCUACUUUUAGUAGCGGCGCUUUCAAAAGUAAAGGCAGUGGCAGGACGUCGACUUUGUCCCGUGCGAGAAUUCUGGAAAAAGUGAAGACCACUUUGGAGAUAAAAAAGGGCACGAAAAUUUCUCGAGCAAAGGCUCCUACUUUUUCGAAGAAAGCGGAAGAGAAGCCGAAGGCGGCGAUUGCCGCGAAAGCGAAAAAAGGCCGGAAGGGUUCAUCUUCAUCUACUUCCAGCAAGCCGACACAGAAACCGAGCUCCUAUGGUAAGACUACUAGUUCUGACUCCUCCGGAAGAUCUUCUUCUUUCCCGCCAACCACGGAUUCCCUGUUUUCCACCGGGGACGGUGUUUUGCCCGAUUUCCUCGCGAUUAUCCUGACCAUCGCGGUGGUCAUCGGCGUUUUUACCUCCACCACCAGCACGAGCAAGACCACUUUCAACCUGUUCCCCUUCGUUUCGGGUGCGAAGGUGCGGCACGGGCAGGACCACCACUGGAAUCUGUUGAAUCGCUUGGAUGCCAUCCGGAGCACACUGAAAAAGCGCAAGAAGAUUUUCGCCCGCGAAACCCAGUACGCGCUGCUGCACUUGACGCAGGAAAAGGCGGCGCACUCGUUCGACGCCGAUAGGGACGAGGGGGCGGAAAGCGACGUCAGCACCGUGUUUAUCAAGGACUCGCCGAAAAGUGGGAGCGAAAAGUGGAACGGCAAGGACUUGGUCACCGUGAGUGCGAUGGACGGGAACGAAAACAACGCCAAUAUGGCCCUGGAGCAUGCCGCCGACAAGAAUGGAAAGAAGAGCGUCAAUGAGGCGGCUAGUACUGGCAACCCUAUUCGUGCGACCAUAACGGCGACGAGAAAUACUGUGGCAAGUCCGAGCGGGAACAUUCGCGGGACGGUUGCGUCUCUGGACGAAGAGCUUGAUGCGGUGCGGAACGCGAUGGCGCAGGGCCGGGAUAUGAUGCGGACUUCCGCCGCGGGUGGGGGGCAAGCUGUUGGAGCGACGGGUGGCAUGAGGGGAAGUCACGCGGGCGCGUGAGGGUAGUCGAUAAAGUAAGUGUUGGAAUUAUUUCAGAGUGAAAUGUUAAAUCGUAUGUCGGGGUGGAGAUGAACUUUUUUAUACAAGUAAGAGCUACAACGCUGUGUUGAGAGCACGAAGUAUCGUAUUUUCUGUUCUUUUGAUUCGUUUUCCCCUUAUUUUCGAUGACCAAGUAACGAAGAGAAAAUGAAAAAUUGAGUCAUGACACUCGCAAUACCUCCUGCCCAGUCGAGUGAAUGUAAGGAAUAGAAGCGUAACGAUCAAAAACAUAAGUAGUACCAGCGCAAACAGACCUAUCAUAUCCAUCUUUACAACUUUACACAUUUUCUAGAGGAACUGCAAUUACACAAGGCACUGACUAGGUCACGACUUGUUUGUACUCAUUGUAUUUUGAAUUUGCAAUUAUGCGGAGCUGGUGUGCGCCGGAUGACGAUAAGGGCGCAUCUAAGCCGUGAGGCGAAAUGUAUUUCGUAAAAAUCCUUUUUCCAUUAUGUUUUGUCAUUUGAGAAAGAGAGCAAGGAGCUUCUCCGGAAAUUUUUGCAUAGAAGUAGAUAAACACACCAUAGUCUGUAUCUGAAUCUGAUCCAUCGUGUAGCAAAGCCCAGAGUCGUGAUCUUACGGAAAUUUUCAACGGAUGAGUGUGGACCUUUUCACAAAUACGUACGUUUUGUGAAGGCAGGAUGAGCUGCAGCUGAUCCAGAAUUUGAUGCGCCAUAAUGUUUUCCCACUCGGCUAGCCUGUUCUCACGGACAGGCGGGCUGUCAGAAACCUUUAUCCCA